AGUUGUAAAGUUCAGUUCUAAUAUAGUGUCUAGUGAGUAUCACUGUUGAAUUAGUUCACCUUUUGGAGAGGGAAUUUUUACUGUAAUUUUACUGAAUGUGUACUGCUAAGAUUUUUUUUCUAAUGGUGUAAGAGUAAGUACACUUUAAAGGAAAAUUUAAAGUUUACUAACCUUUUAGUUGUUCAUAUAGUUUAUAAAAAUUAUACAGGCUAAUGUGGAUCUGUGUCCUCAACAUACUGCGUAUGAGUGAUUUCAAACAUUUCCAUCCUUCAUUUGUAAAUCAGUUUUAAUUUCAUGGAUGCAAUUGAAAAGGCUGUCAAGUGUGUACUUCCUUUACCUAGUACAGUCACAAUUUCAGAGGUUUCUUGGGCUUUUAGUUGAUUUUCUUUCUUCUUUCUCUCUCCAGCCCCAAGUGCUUGUGAGCAUCGUACUGCUGUAGCCAGAUUUCUGGAGAUCUCAUCAUUCCAGAAGAUUCCAGGAGCACCUCUUCCACUGCCCAGGUCUCCCAGUGAACAGAGUGAGUGCAGUUGUGAGCCAGGGCAUGCUGCUUGAAGGAGUGUGGGCCACUGUGACCUGGAGCCAUCUCUAAGUGGUACAAUGGUCAGUGGAGUGAUGAUUCUUCCCGUGCUAAUGAUGAUUGCUUUUCCUUCCCCAAGUUUGGAAGAUGAGAAUUCAAAGGCCAGCCCCAAACUGUACAUGUGUGUAUGUGAAGGUCUGUCCUGCGGGAAUGAGGACCAUUGUGAAGGCCAGCAGUGCUUCUCCUCACUGAGCAUCAACGAUGGCUUCCAUGUGUACCAGAAGGGCUGCUUUCAAGUGUACGAGCAGGGGAAGAUGACUUGUAAGACCCCACCUUCACCUGGCCAAGCCGUGGAAUGCUGCCAAGGGGACUGGUGUAACAGGAACAUCACUGCCCAGCUGCCCACUAAAGGGAAAUCCUUCCCUGGAACACAGAAUUUCCACUUGGAGGUCGGCCUCAUUAUUCUCUCUCUGGUGUUUGCAGUAUGCCUUCUAGCUUGCCUACUGGGAGUAGCUCUCCGAAAAUUUAAAAGGCGCAACCAAGAACGCCUCAAUCCCAGAGAUGUGGAGUACGGCACCAUCGAAGGGCUCAUCACCACCAAUGUUGGAGACAGCACUUUAGCAGAUUUAUUGGAUCAUUCAUGCACAUCUGGAAGUGGCUCCGGUCUUCCUUUUUUGGUUCAAAGAACAGUGGCUCGACAGAUUACACUGUUGGAGUGUGUCGGGAAAGGCAGGUAUGGUGAAGUGUGGAGGGGCAGUUGGCAAGGGGAAAAUGUGGCUGUGAAGAUCUUCUCCUCCCGGGAUGAGAAGUCAUGGUUCAGGGAGACAGAGCUGUACAACACCGUGAUGUUGAGGCAUGAGAACAUUUUAGGUUUCAUUGCUUCUGACAUGACAUCAAGACACUCCAGUACCCAGUUGUGGUUAAUUACACAUUACCAUGAAAUGGGAUCGUUGUAUGACUACCUUCAGCUCACCACGCUGGAUACAGUUAGCUGCCUUCGAAUAGUGCUAUCCAUAGCCAGUGGUCUCGCACAUUUGCACAUAGAGAUAUUUGGGACCCAAGGAAAACCAGCCAUUGCUCAUCGAGAUUUAAAGAGCAAAAACAUCCUGGUGAAGAAGAAUGGACAGUGUUGCAUAGCAGAUUUGGGCCUGGCAGUCAUGCAUUCCCAGAGCACAAAUCAACUUGAUGUGGGGAACAACCCCCGUGUGGGCACCAAGCGCUACAUGGCCCCAGAAGUUCUAGACGAAACCAUCCAGGUGGAUUGUUUUGAUUCUUACAAGAGGGUCGAUAUUUGGGCCUUUGGACUUGUUUUGUGGGAAGUGGCCAGGCGGAUGGUGAGCAAUGGUAUUGUGGAGGAUUACAAGCCACCAUUCUAUGAUGUGGUUCCCAAUGAUCCAAGUUUUGAAGAUAUGAGGAAAGUAGUAUGUGUGGAUCAGCAGAGGCCCAACAUACCCAACAGAUGGUUCUCAGAUCCUACAUUAACCUCCCUGGCCAAGCUGAUGAAGGAAUGCUGGUAUCAGAAUCCAUCUGCGAGACUCACAGCUCUGCGUAUCAAAAAGACUUUGACCAAAAUCGACAAUUCACUAGACAAAUUGAAAACUGACUGUUGACAUUUUCAUUGUGUCAAGAAGGAACAUUUGAUGUUGUCCAGCUAGGACCUAAUGCUGGCCUGACUGGUUGUCAGAACAGAAUCUGUCUCCCUCCCUAAAUGGCUGCUUGGACAAGGCAGACACCUUACCCAGCCAAGUGCUGUGGGACACCAAAACCACCCUAACCUCGCUCAAUGACUGUGAACUGGGCAUUUAGUGAACUGUUCACACUGCAGAGACUAAUGGUGGACAGAUACUGUUGCAAAGGUAGGGAACUGGAGGAACAGAGAAAUCCUACAAGAGAUCUGGGCAUUAAGACAGUGGCUUUGCAUCUUUCACAGGUCUCCUAGACACUCCCCACGGGAAACUCAAGGAGGUGGUGAAUUUUUAAUCAGCAAUAUUGCCUGUGCUUCUCUUCUUUAUUGCACUAGGAAUUCUUUGCAUUCCUUACUUGCACUGUUACUCUUAAUUUUAAAGACCCAACUUGCCAAAAUAUGGGCCGUCUUCAGAUAAUAGGAAUUCAAUUUGGCAAAACAAAAUGUAAUGUCAGAUUUUGCUGCAUUUUACACAUGUGCUGAUGUUUACAACGAUACUGAACAUUAGGAAUUGUUUAUACACAACUUUGCAAAUUAUUUAUUACUUGUGCACGUAGCAGUUUUGUGAAAACUGCUCUGUGCAUAUGUUAAAGCUUAUUUUUAUGUGGUCUUAUGAUUUUAUUACUGAACUGUUUUUAACACUAUACUCUGAAAUAGACAUUUUUCUUUUAUUACCAGUUAAAUUCACAUUUUAAGUGCUUCACAUUUGUAUGUGUGUAGACUGUAACUUUUAUUUUCAGUUCAUAUGCAGAAUGUAUUUAGUCAUUACCCAUGUGACACCACCGAAUAUAUUACUGAUUUAGAAGCAAAGAUUUCAAUAGAACCUUAGUCUUGAACGCUGUGGGGGAAAUGCAUUUUCUUCGGAAUUAUCCAUUAUGUGCAUUUAAACUCUGCCAGAAAAAAAUAACUAUUUUGUUUUAAUCUACUUUUUGUAUUUAGUAGUUAUUUGUAUAAAUUAAAUAAACUGUUUUCAAGUCAAA